UGGAGGGGAAGAAAAAUGAAUCCCAUGGAAAAAGGCGCCAAAAGGAUGAUGCCCCAAAAACAUGGCCACGCUGCUUUCAAAGUCUCAAUUAUAGGGUGGUGGGUUUAGGCCUUCUGUCUUCCAUCUCUCAACCCUUCUCUCCUUGUCUUCCUCUCUUUCUUUCUUUUUCUUGCUCACCAAUCUCUGCAAAUUUCAAAGUCUCAAUUGUUCCUCUGCUUCUCUCAUUCUUUCAGUAGAGAACAGGCAAAGAUGGAAGUAAAUGUGAAGAAGGCAGAGUCGAAGAACACCAAAUCAUGUUGGUGGGAUGCUCAUCUGAAUCCUGAGAAUUCUGAAUGGCUGGCAGAAAAUUCCAAGGAAAUGGAGCAUAGUGUCAGACAAAUACUGAAAUUGGUGGAAGACAACAUCGAGGAUUUGGCAAAAAAUGAUGAAAUGCAUCAUCAGAAUAAGUCAGAGGUGAUUGUCCAUGUUCAGGAACUCUACCGUAUUUAUCUGUUGCUGGCUGAGCGCCAUGAUCAUUUGACCAGGGAAUUGCGCAAGAGUCUGCCAUCUGAUUGCCAAAUACAAGGCGCUGGUAGUGGUUUUGAUCAACACUCUCCACUGUUAACUCCUGAUAAAAAACUGGGUAUGCAUAAGUCUAUUCAGCAAGCUGCAUUUUUCAGUUCUGGUGGUGGUAGUUCUGAUCUCUCAUUGAAGGAAGGCACUGAGUCAUCGUCUUUAUUGUCAUCAGAUUCUGACUCAGAAUCUUUCAGCUCCUCUGUCAACAUCUACAUGGGCUUACCUAUGAAUACUGAUAAUGGUGUAGUACAUGACAAAGUUAUUGAGCUAGGAAGUGAGCUCCCAACAAUGAAAGAGAAGGUACAAGUGGCUGAUGAAGAGUUUUCAGAUGGUAAGUUGAAGAUGAGAGAAAACAGAAAUUAUGAAGAACUGACUGAAAGACUUACCAAGUUUGAAGAAGAGUUAAGAGAUUCCAACCUAAAACUCCAGCUUGCAGAAGAGGAGAUUGUGAGGUUGAAAGCAGAGCUCAAGAAGAGUGAGUCUGUUCCUGUCCUUGCAGAGCAUGUGCUUGUUCAACUUGAAUCAUUGCAGAGGGAUGCUGAAUUGAGGGAAGCUGAUCUUGUGUUGCAGAAAGAUAAAGUACUUGAGUUGCAAAAAAAGAUAGUUGACCUGGAAACUCAUGUUUCAGACUCCAAUUCUGAAGUUGUGAGGUUGAUGGAGGAGCUUGCUGUAAGUAAAGGAAAGAUCAAGGCAUCAGAAGAAGAGAUUGCAAUGUUUAAGCAUGAACUUGACAUGGAGAGGAAGCAGGUUGUGAACCUGCAGGAGCAAAUUGUUAGGUACAGCAAUGAUCUAUCUCAUCGUGGUCAUGAAGUUGAAGAAUUAAAGGUUGCAUUAUGUGAUGCCCAGGAUAAUUUCUCCUUGCAGAAAGCAAGUUUUCAGUCUGAAAUUUUUGGUCUGUUAGAAAAGGAGACCCUCUUAGAGGCAAGGCUCAAAGAAUGGGAACUACAUGCAAGGCUGUUGGAAGAAAAAUUAAGGCAAUGUGAAGCUGAAAAAAUGGAAAUCAAAGGUUUGCAUGAUGUUCAGGAGAUUGGGUUGCAAGGUCAGAUCAGUCGGUUGAAAGCAGAAGUUGCUGAGAAAAGUGUGCAUGUGGAAGCUUUGAACAAGAACCUUGAUAGACUGAAAUUGCAGUAUGAUAUGCUUAUGGCAGAGAAAGAUGGAGUCAUUGCAAAGGUAAACUCUCUUGUGGCUGAGCUUAGUUCUCGAGAUUUGCAGAUUGGGCAAAUGGAGGAGCAUCUACAGCAGUUAAGCAGGGAACAUCUACAGCUGAUUUCUGGAUCUAAACAUGCAAAGAAUCUAGAAGAUGAGUUGAAAUUGAGAAUAAAAGACCUCGAGAAGGAAGUAGAUAGGCAGAGAAUUGUGAUCUUAGAUGUGGCUGAGGAGAAAAGAGAGGUAAUACGACAGCUUUCCUUCACACUGGAGCAUUACAGGAGUGGUUACAAAGAAUUUCAGGCAUUUUUCAAGCACAAACGGCAUGCGGUCACGGCUUCAUGAGUUUGAUCAAUUUGAGUACUACAACUAGCAAGAGGAAAAUUUCUGAAGCCAAAGGCUGUCAUCUAGAAUUUCAAGGCCUGCCGCGGGCUCCAGCAUGGGUGAUGUAAUCUUUUGAGUGGUUUCCUUUUGUCAGCUUGGACUUAGUCAUGGUCUGUUUUUUAACUUCGGAGGAAGUCAGUUCAAUGAUUGCUUUAAACUCCAUAGUCUUGACCAAGCGUAUGUCAAGCUCCAUGAAUAAAUUGUAAUUGUUCCAAAGUGGACAGAAAGUGAUGCAGGUCGAAUCAAUAUCCUUUCAAGUGGCAUGUUCAAUAUUUGUCAUGGUCAACAAGGCAUUUCUCA